AUGUUCAAGCGUCUGCUCCAACAACGCGCACUUCUCCAAACCAAGCCAAUGAUGGCCGAGAGAAUCAUCGCUUCAUACAAAGUCUACGGAUGGUUGAUCCAACACGAUCCAGCCUACGAGUCCACCGCCUUCAAGCGUGAGGUUCUCGUUGCCAUCGACGAGAUCUUUGACAUCGUUAUGGCCAUCCUAGACAUGAUGAAGUGCUCAUCAAACUUGCUGGUGCCCAUCAUCAUCUACGCCGAUAAAUUUGUACAUAGAAGUGGAAUCAAACACAAUCAACUCUUCAACCUCCUCCUCACAAGCACUGUCGUCACACUCAAGUUCUGGUCAGAGUCAACUCAAGUCAACAACGCCAUCAUUGCUGAGAUCUUCAACUUCUCCCUCAAGGACAUCAACCUGAUGGAGAGAAGAUUCUUGUCUGGUGUUGAGUACAACUUGUUCCUGACCUCCGACGACGUCAAUGCCUACGUGCUCAGCCUCUACGAGCAUCAGUACUCCUUCUUUUCCAUGUUCAAGCACCCAUUCGAGAACGCCCCACACGUGCUCAGGAAGCCACUGGAGCUGCUGCAGUUCCAGCAGCAGAUGCAGUUGAAGCAGCAGCAACAAGAGUUGCUCAUGCUCCAGCAGCAGCAGCAGCAACAGCUGCUCCAUGCUCUCCAGUUCCACUCCCAAGCAACCCCCGCUGCACCAACCUCUGCCGACUCGUCGCCAGUCUACCAAGUGGACUCGUACGCCCAGUCCAUCUACCAGCCCCGCAUGGUUUCACCAAUGUGCUAA